CCAACGCCGCUGACGUAACGUCAUCUUGCGGGACGUGGACGGAAGAAAGAGGCGAGUGCACGGACGCCUGGAGCAGCUGGGCGUGGAGCGCCACGGGAGCGGCUGGGAGGCUGGCUGGCAGAUACAUUUAGAUCAUUGACUGCGUAGCAGCAUGUUGAGUCAAGUUGGCCGCUCUGGGUUCCAGCCCUUCAUCCAGAACCUCCUGCCCCGGAUCCAGUCUACAUCUCUCUCCAGAGCUCACCGUGUCCAGCCAUCAGCCAUCAGACAUGCCCGUUGUUGGAGCAACAUCCCCUUUAUCACUGUCCCCCUCAGUCGUGCUCAUGGCAAGUCUUUUGCCCACCGCAGUGAGCUGAAGCAUGCCAAGAGAAUCGUGGUGAAGCUCGGAAGUGCUGUGGUGACCCGAGGGGAUGAGUGUGGCCUGGCGUUGGGGCGCUUGGCAUCCAUCGUUGAGCAGGUGUCUGUGCUUCAGAAUCAAGGCCGAGAGAUGAUGCUGGUGACCAGUGGCGCUGUGGCCUUUGGCAAGCAACGCUUGCGCCAUGAGAUUCUUCUGUCGCAGAGUGUACGGCAGGCACUGCACUCGGGGCAGAACCAGCUGAAAGAAAUGGCCAUCCCAGUCCUGGAAGCUCGAGCCUGCGCCGCAGCGGGACAGAGUGGGCUGAUGGCCCUGUACGAAGCCAUGUUCACCCAGUACAGCAUCUGUGCUGCCCAGAUUUUGGUAACCAAUUUGGAUUUCCAUGAUGAGCAGAAGCGCAGGAACCUCAAUGGAACGCUUCAUGAGCUCCUCCGAAUGAACAUCGUGCCCAUUGUCAACACAAAUGAUGCCGUUGUCCCCCCAGCCGAGCCCAAUAGUGAUCUUCAGGGGGUAAAUGUCAUUAGCGUUAAGGAUAAUGAUAGCCUGGCUGCUCGGCUGGCUGUGGAAAUGAAGACUGACCUCUUGAUUGUCCUUUCAGAUGUAGAAGGCCUCUUUGACAGCCCACCAGGGUCAGAUGAUGCAAAGCUCAUUGAUAUAUUUUAUCCCGGAGACCAACAGUCCGUCACAUUUGGAACCAAAUCAAGAGUGGGAAUGGGUGGCAUGGAAGCCAAGGUGAAAGCAGCACUCUGGGCUUUGCAAGGUGGCACUUCUGUGGUUAUUGCCAAUGGGACCCACCCAAAGGUGUCUGGGCACGUCAUCACAGACAUUGUAGAGGGAAAGAAAGUCGGCACCUUCUUUUCUGAAGUAAAGCCUGCAGGCCCUACUGUGGAGCAGCAGGGGGAAAUGGCUCGGUCUGGAGGAAGAACUUUGGCCACGUUGGAUCCCGAGCAGAGAGCAGAAAUCAUCCAUCAUCUGGCUGAUCUCUUGACGGACCAGCGUGACGAGAUCCUGUUAGCCAACAAAAAGGACCUGGAGGAGGCAGAGGGGAGACUGGCACCUCCUCUGCUGAAGCGCCUGAGCCUCUCCACAUCCAAACUGAACAGCCUGGCCAUUGGCCUGCGGCAGAUCGCGGCCUCCUCACAGGACAGUGUGGGGCGUGUUUUGCGCCGGACCCGAAUUGCCAAGAACUUGGAACUAGAACAAGUGACUGUCCCAAUCGGUGUCCUCCUGGUGAUCUUCGAGUCUCGCCCCGACUGUCUGCCUCAGGUGGCAGCCUUGGCUAUUGCAAGUGGUAACGGCUUGUUACUCAAAGGAGGGAAGGAAGCUGCGCAUAGUAACCGGAUUCUUCACUUCCUGGCCCAGGAGGCCCUCUCCAUCCACGGAGUCAAGGAUGCUGUCCAGCUGGUGAAUACUCGAGAAGAAGUGGAGGACCUCUGCCGCCUUGACAAAAUGAUUGACCUCAUCAUCCCACGUGGCUCCUCGCAGCUGGUCAGAGACAUCCAGAAAGCGGCGAAGGGCAUUCCAGUGAUGGGGCACAGCGAAGGCAUCUGCCACAUGUACGUGGACUCCGAGGCAAGCGUUGACAAAGUCACCAGACUCGUCAGAGACUCCAAAUGUGAGUAUCCUGCCGCCUGCAAUGCUCUAGAGACUCUCUUAAUCCACCGAGAUCUGCUGCGAACGCCGUUAUUUGACCAGAUCAUUGACAUGCUGAGAGUGGAACAGGUGAAAAUUCAUGCAGGCCCCAAGUUUGCCUCCUACUUAACCUUCAGCCCCUCCGAAGUGAAGUCCCUCAGGACCGAGUAUGGGGAUCUGGAAAUGUGCAUUGAAGUGGUGGACAGUGUCCAGGAGGCCAUCGACCACAUCCACAAGUAUGGCAGCUCCCACACAGACGUCAUCGUUACAGAGAACGAGAAGACAGCGGAGUUCUUCCUCCAGCACGUGGAUAGUGCCUGUGUGUUCUGGAACGCGAGCACGCGCUUUUCUGACGGCUAUCGCUUCGGACUUGGAGCCGAAGUGGGAAUCAGCACAUCUCGAAUCCACGCCCGGGGCCCCGUUGGGCUGGAAGGGCUUCUCACAACCAAGUGGCUGCUUCGAGGGCAGGACCACGUGGUCUCAGAUUUCUCGGAGCAUGGAAGUCUGAAGUACCUUCACGAGAACCUCCCGGUUCCCCAGAGAAACACCAACUGAGAGCGUUCUGAGAAACCCAGGAAGACCCGGGAAUGUUCCACGACAGUCUCUCCACAGGGACACUUGAGAGCUGGGGGUGAGCCGGGGACUCGGGUCUGCCUAUGGGGGAGUGCGCUCGACACAGCGUCAGGGCUCGGUUUGACUCUUGCGCACCUGCCAGCUCGCCUUUUUUUUUCUUUUUUUCUUUUUUCAGUUAGAAGAUUCUUGCUAAGUGUAGGGACUUUGUCGCACUCUGUUCAGUUCCUUCUGAUGGUAGAAACAGAACACAGAACACAGUUGGAAAAUCAUGGCUCCUUUUCUUUUUUUCUUUUUCUUUUUUAAUAAUGUAGGAGUACUGCUAUUUGUUCAGCCAUUGAUUAAGCUGAUUGAAUUGGGCAUGAACUCCACGGCAACCCUUUUUAUACCGGUUAGUACCUCCGUAUAAAAAUAACGUCUCCCUUGGCAUUUGGUCAUUCCUGGAGCCAGUCAUUCCCGCCCUCAUAGUCUUCUUCGAAGAGAAAAAAGUCACUCUUCCUUUCAACAGUCUCAUCAGAAACGAUCACAAAACAAAACAACAACAACAAUAGACUGAAUUAUUUCCACUGGGAGAAUCAACCUCUGGCAAAUAUUUGUGGAGUAAAUAAGCUUCUCACCCAUGUGGUGCCAGGGCGUGGGCCCUGCCUGUCACUCAGUGGAACCUGGAGCUUCAGGGAGUUUGAGUUUCAGGACGAAAUAGCUACUGUAAUUAUGCUUGAAAAAUUUUAUAUGAAUUAUUUUAUCAUCCUCUUCCUCCAAAUAAAAAUAGAAGAUUAUUUUAAUACUUUGGAUUCUUUCCCUCCCACCCCUUUUUCAGAAAUAAAGUUCUUACGAAAACCCUGUA